AUGGCUUCUCUCAGCCAGGACCAUCGUCCCGACGACGACGAUGUCGACGACAAUGUCAUCGCCAAGCUCCAGCUUCAAGAUCCAGAGUUGAGCGGGUCCUUGGCGGCGGGGAAGGGUCGCAGUGGAGAAUUCACCGACGAAUCACACGCCUUGCAGCUGCAACAGCAAGAGCUGGAAGAGCUGGAAAAUGACGAUCUAUCUUCCUCAAACAGGAGUGUGGCUCAAAGUUCGGAUUCCGUCCAAAGUCACGUGCCGACUGCUAUGAACACAACUUCACAAGAGGCAAACAUUGCUGGUGGUGAUCACGAUCUCGCCCAAACUCUCAAAGGAAAUGCAGGACGACCAGAUGUCAAACAUCCCAAGACAAGCCUGGGGCAUCGGAUGCUGUCAAAACUUAAAAACCUCUUCAAAUCCAAGAAGCACGACCAAUACUAUUACGCUUAUGACAGUGAACGGCGACUGUCAUUCACAUUGGUAGAAGGUAGGCCCGUAACGCUCACUUCAAACACAGAUCUUUGUGAAGCAUGCGGUGGUGAAAAAAACAUUGAGGACCUUGGAUGUGGCCCAUGCGGCCAUGAGUACUGUCGCGAUUGUCUCCAGGACCUUGUCAAGGCGGCGAUUACAGACCAGUCCCUCUUUCCGCCACGUUGCUGUCGCCAACCAAUUCCUUUGGAGACAAUCCGCUCACUCCUGACUUCCGAGCUGGUCCAUGCUUUCAUCGACAAAAAGAUCGAGUCCGACACUCCGAACAAAACGUAUUGCUCUGUACAGACCUGCUCUGCCUUUAUCAGAAGCGCCAAUAUUGCCAACAACGUGGGUACAUGUCUCAAAUGCGACUCAAAGACAUGCACACUGUGCAAAGAAGCCGCUCAUGGAAGAGGAGAAUGCCCAAGUGAUCCAGAGUUUCAGCAGAUCUUGGAAAUGGUGAGAGAGAAUGGCUGGCAACGAUGCUACAUGUGUUCGAGCGUGGUGGAACUGAAUUAUGGCUGCAACCAUAUCACCUGUCGUUGUGGUACUGAAUUCUGCUACCUCUGCGGACUGAGAUGGAAGAGCUGCACCUGCGCGCAAUGGGAUGAACAUCGACUUAUUGAGCAUGCAAAUGUGAUUGUAGCUCGUCAACCGGAGACUCGUGGAUUGCGACUGCGCGAGAGAUUUGAGGCGUUUAAACGUACAAUUCAGAAUCUCCGAGAGAACCACGAAUGCCAGCAUCUUGACUGGCGGUAUGUCAGGGGGCCCGGCUAUUGCGAAAUAUGCGGCCAGUUAAUGACUACCAGGUUCAUUCAAGAAUGCAAGGAGUGCUAUAUUUGGGCUUGCAAGCGAUGCAGGAAGCAUAGGCUGUAAGGAUAUAUGUGUUUCAGGACGGAUGGUCCAGGUGCAACAGAAGUAGAUGGAUACCAAAGUUGGAGUUGGAGACGGUCCGUCAACGCCUUAUCAUACGCAUGGGUAUAUUUUCGUAUUUUCGGAAAAGCUGCUUUGAGACGGAACGGUGAACUUGGAUGGAAGGGUUACACUCAG